AUGGGAUGCCGGAUGUCCCGUACGUCAUCUACCGAAGAGAUUCGCAAAAUCGAGGAAAAAAACGCAGGUGAGUAUGCUAAAUUGUUUGAUUUACUGAGUUUUUUCUUUAAGCUGAAGCAAAAGCCAAGGCAAAACAAUCCUCGAGCAAUGACUCGCGGAUUAACGGACAAUCCAAAAACUCGUCAAAUGUCAAUGAAGCUUAUCGGUUCGUCUCUCAGUAAUCCUCAAAGUAUUUUUUGUCUUUUCCAGGCCUGCACAACCAGCGAAUGGGAACCAGGGUACCGGAAAACCGAUCGUGUGAGAAUAUUGUAUUUUUCAGCCAUCAUGGCGUUUGUAGGCCAAAUAUGUUUCCUAAUAUGCAGAUCUGCAAAGGAAGCUGAAAAAAGUCGUAUUUUGCAAUAAAAUUUUCUUGCGCGUUGCGUUUUUCAUAUUUUUUUUUCAUAGCUGUAACUUUUGAACUCACAUUUCACUCAUAUCAAGUGCCUGUUUUUCCCGGAUUUCCUACAAAAUAAAGUGAAAGGAAACACUUCUGAGCUUUUCAGCAAGUUUUGAAGUUACGUCGGUAAACAAAUCCUAACUCAAUGACCAUCCAUUCUUCGGAGCAAUUCUCAGAAACAAUCAAAUUCCAACAAUUCUUUUUCAAGUCAGGUUUAGAAGGGGGAAAAGAUCUUUCGACUGGCGCGCACAAUCAAAAAGUGUUUUGUGCGAUUGGCAAACUUAGUUAAUUGAGCAAUUGCAGAGAAGUGGAGAGCGCCAGCCAAGCAGAUUUCUUCCGGAUGCUGGACGAUAAAAUUGCACACGUGAGUAGGGAAGCUCCUUUUUUGUUCAGCUUUUUUUUUCCUCAAGGCCAAACACCUUCAAUUUUGAAGUGAAUAGAGAAAAGUUGCAUCGGACGGAUUUAUAGGACCUAGGACAACGAAGGAAACAAUGAUUGUAUCAAUAGGAUACUACUAUCAGUAUGAGAACUUGCAAAGAUUUCCUUUUUGUUGAUUUUAGGUUUCAGGCAGUAGCUUAUUAGAAAAAUGAGUUAUCGAACAAAUUUUUCUGUAGUAAAAAAUCAGAUCCGUUGAAAAAAACUGUAAAAAGUUUGACAAGAAGUGGACAAUUCCUCGGAAUGUUAUGACAAAAAAAUUGACAUUGUAUAUCUCACGCCCCGGUACUGUACGCAAGAAAGCGGUAAGAAAACUAAAUCAAUCAAGCCGAAGUUUUCAAAUUAAAAAAAAAAGAAAUUACAGGGAAAAGACCUGGAUUCGGAAGCUGAGAGUUGA